AUGUUGGAAGGGCUUGUUGCCGGCCUCUUAAACCGCUUCCUUGGCAUGUACGUCAAAAACUUUGACCCUACACAGCUCAAGGUCGGUAUCUGGUCCGGUGACGUCAAGCUGCGCAAUCUCGAGCUGCGCCGCGAGGCCCUGGAUCAGCUCAAGCUUCCCAUCAAUGUUGUGCGUGGCCACCUUGGCGAGCUGACCCUCGUCAUUCCCUGGUCCAACAUCCGCGGCGCUCCCGUCAAGGUCUUCAUAGAAGAUGUCUACCUGCUCGCCAGCCCCAAGGAGGAGGCUGAGUACGAUGAGGAUGAGGAGGAAAGCCGCCGCCAGCGCGUCAAGAUGGAGAAGCUCGACAGCGCCGAAUUGCUCAAAGAACGGAACCGCGAAGGCAUGAGUGCAGAAGAGCAACAAAAAAACCAGAGUUUUACGCAAAGUCUGGUCACAAAAAUUGUCGACAACCUCCAGGUCACGGUCAAGAACAUUCACGUUCGAUACGAGGAUUCCAUCUCUACGCCAGGCCACCCCUUCGCCUUGGGACUUACCCUCGAAGAAUUCAGCGCUGUCAGCACCGACGGCCAAUGGAAGCCGACCUUCAUCCAGGAUUCAUCCCAUGUUACCCACAAACUUGCUACCCUCGGCGCUCUCGCUGUGUAUUGGAACACUGAUACUAGCCUAUAUGCCGAUCAAGAUCUAGACAGCAUUCCUCGUGACGAAGUGCUUGCGAAAUUUCGAAAAAUGAUUGGCAAAGCAGAAGCAGUCCAUGGAAACCACCAAUACAUCCUGCGGCCCGUCAAUGGACAGGCCAAAAUCGAACUCGAUAAGAGCGGCGAUGCGCUAGUUCCAAAAUUCAAGGCAAAUCUACUAUUUGAAGAAAUUGGCUUGGUGUUGGACGACGACCAAUACCGCGAUGCACUGAUGAUGGUCGACCUGUUCCAUUAUUUCAUACGCCAUCAAGAAUACAAGUCACUGAAGCCCAAGGGCGUCACUGUCAAAGAUGAUCCUCGAGCAUGGUUCCAAUUUGCUGGCAAUUCAGUCUUAGGCAAAAUCCACGAGCGAAACCGCAAGUGGUCCUGGGACUUCUUCCGAGAACGCCGCGAUGACCGAAUACGCUAUAUCGAACUUUUCAAGAAGAAGAAGCAACAGCAGCCACUGACACCCGAAGAAAAUGAAGAUAUGUCAAAGCUCGAGUGGAAACUUGAUUACGAAGAUCUGCGGUUCUGGCGCUCGCUCGCCCGAAACCAGCUCAAAAAAGAGGAUGCUGCGGCUCUUAAGAAGCCUCAACAACAGGAGCAGACAGGCUGGCUUGCAUGGAUGUGGGGAUCCAAGCCCGAAGGCAACAUCCAAGAAAACGAAGAAAACACGCAAAUGACAGAGGAGCAGCGCAAGGAGCUUUACGACAUGAUUGAUUGGAACGAAAAGACCGCAAUCGCCGAAUCUGUUGAUCUACCCAGGGAAGCUAUCAAACUUUGCCUGGAAGUCUCCCUUAGCACGGGUAGCUUUACACUGAAGAAGAAUGCCAAUAACAGGCCCACGGAUCUUGUCAGUCUUCACUUUGACGUCUUCAAGGCGAAGGCUUUGCAAAGGACAGACUCAACACUGCUCAAUGUUAGCCUGGGCGGAUUGCGAGUCAACGAUGGUACCACGGCCGAUAGUUUGUACCCCGAGAUUGUUCGUGUCAAAGAUGCCCCGUCUAGAGAACGGCGAAAGAGAUUGUCUUUGAUCGAACUUGAAGCCUCAGAAGAGGAGCCCUUCUUCUCGUUCGAGGUGGAAAAGAAUCCCCUGGAAAAAGAGGGCGAUAUUGCCGUUGUCGGGAAACUGAAGCCUCUUGAGAUUGUUUGGAACCCAAAUGUUGUUGUUGGCAUCGUCGAUUUCUUCAGGCCGCCGGAAAGACACCUAGAGUCUAUCACUGCUCUUAUGGAAUCUGCCGGCGCCACUGUCGAGGGCCUCAGAGAGCAGACACGAGCCGGUCUCGAAUUUGCCCUCGAAGAGCACAAAACCAUCAACGCUGAGCUUGAUUUGCAAGCACCCUUGAUAAUCGUACCCGUCAGCAUUACAACCGACGACUCGACUUGUCUGAUUGUCGAUGCUGGUCAUAUUCAUGUCAACAGCGAACUGGUUGAGAAGAGCACCAUGAAGGAAAUACAGUCCAAGCAAAAGCAGUCUUACAACGAUGAAGACUUCAAACGCCUGGAGUCUGCAAUGUACGACAGGUUUCUCGUGAAACUAACAUCGACACAAGUCCUCAUCGGCCCGUCUAUCAAAGAGACAAAGCGGCACCUUUCACAAGGCGGAUCUCAAUUUCACGUUGUUGAGCAGAUCAACCUUGAUUUUGUCGUGGCUAUAUCGAUCAUCCCCAAGGCACCGAACCUGACAAAGCUGAAAGUAUCUGGUCAUUUGCCUCUCCUGCAUGCGAUGGUGUCCGACUCCAAAUACAAAAACUUGAUGCGAAUCAUCGACGUCGCGAUUCCGAAAUUGGGAGAUGAGACCCCCCAGCCCCAGCCGACGCGUAUAUCACGCCCACGAGCGACUAGCUCAAUGUCCAACAAGUCUCGCCGAAAAACUGUACAAGAGAAGCGUCUCUCAUCUGCCCUUGAUGUCUUGCAGCCGCAUACUGCUGUUGUAUUGGGUGAUAUCGACGAUGACGACGAAGACAAUUUUCAAGAUGCCACCGAUGGUACGGCCAACGAGCACUUGAAAAUCCAGCAGCGUAUUUUCCAGUUUGACUUCAAAGUCGAUACUCUCAAGGGUUCUCUGUUCCGAAGCGACCCUGAGAGAAAGAAGCCAGAUACUCUACUUGUGGAGCUCGUUGCUGAACGUUUUGACUUGGCGUUCUAUACCAGACAAUACGAUAUGGCUGCCGAAGUGUCCCUCGGUGCGGUCACCGUGGAUGACUUUGUUGAUAACCCCUCUGAAGAAUUCAGGUCCAUAGUCUCGUCUGGAGACAGCGACGACUUACAAGCGGGCCGAAGUCUGGUGAAUGUCAAAUUUAUAAGAGUCAAAAAGGAAUCACCAGAAUUCAUGCCCGUAUAUGAAGGGAUUGAGACGAACAUCACAACAUCGGUGUCAACCAUCAACCUAAUUGUCACCAGAAAAACACUACUCACACUUCUCGAUUUUAUUUUGAUUACAUUCACUAAUCCUGACGAGGAAUCAGAAGUCAUUCAAAGGACAGCGCCAGACUCGGAUGAAAGCUCGUCGGAUGGAGAGGAGCAGUUAACCGAGGCCAACAAAAAUGCCGCUGCAGGCUCUAUUCGCGUCAAGAUUGACCUCAAGAGUAUUCGUUUGAUCCUGAAUAACGACGGAAUCCGACUCGCGACGCUCUCCUUUAACAAGGCGGACGUUGGAAUCUUCCUACGCGGCAAGUCGAUGCGCAUAUCUGCUAAACUCGGAGACUUGCAACUUCUCGACGAUGUCAAUCAGGGAGUUUCUGAGGACUCGAACCUUCGCAAGCUGGUGACAAUUCAAGGGGACGAUUUGGCCGACUUCAGAUACGAGACUUUUGACCCAGCAAAUAUCAAGGCUUACCCAGGCUAUGAUAGCUCCAUCUUCCUGAGGGCCGGUUCGGUGAAGGUAAACUUUCUGGAAGAGCCUUUUAGAAAAAUCAUCGACUUUCUUGUCAAGUUUGGUAAGAUGCAAGCGCUUUACAACGCGGCUCGUCAAGCGGCUAUGAACCGUGCGAACCAGAUUCAACAGAGCCCAAGUAGGAUUCACUUCGAUGUUGUGGUAAAUACACCUAUCGUCGUUUUCCCCAGAGUCGUUCUUCCUGGCGAGGCCAAGAGAGAUGUUAUUACAGCCUACCUCGGUGAGAUUUACGCACAGAACAAGUUCGCACCCAUCGACGACAGUGCCAAUGCAGAUGUCGCCAUGAUGAUAUCUGUAGGUAUCAGGAAUAUUAAGCUCACCUCAGAAUUGAACUAUUCUGACGGAAGAGCCGAAGAAUUGGAGAUGAUUGACCAAGUCGACCUCGGUUUCAGCAUUACACAUGCGGAACACACGCCCGGCAUCAAACGCGCCGACACGGAGAUUGAAGGUUCCGUUUCCGACAUCAAACUUCGUCUUACACAACACCAGCUGCGGUUCUUAAUGGAGAUUUCACGGUCUGUCCCGGCCGCCUUUGCUGGGGAAGGCGAUGAUGCAGAGGCGGAAGCUGCCAAGAUGGUCGACGAAGGCACUCUCGAGCACGCUAAGAACGCUCCACCAGUGCAGAACAAUGAAUCAGACCAAACACUGGUAGAUCUGUCUCCCGAGCUCUCCUCCAUUGAAAAUGCCUGGACAACUCUCGAUCUUGUGUUCAAGGCGAAUAGCAUCGGGUUGGAACUGAUUUUGGCUGCCGAGGAAGACGAACCCCUUGGCGAUCUGUCUGCAUCAAGUUUGUCGCGUUUCUCUCUGGACGAGACCAAAGUCAAGACACGAAUGCUUUCCGACGGAUCACUUGAAGCAGAGCUUCUGAUACAGUCAUUUUCUAUCUUCGAUACUCGUCCGCGCGACUCGAAUAAGUUCCGUCGCAUCAUGACAUCGAACAAUAAAGAAGCACAGCAGUUGACGGCCAGUGUUACCAUGACAGGUGGCAGAGAGAGGAAUUUGAUUGCGAUGGCAACAAUUGACAACCCCAGAGUCAUCUUUGCCUUGGAUUAUCUGUUUGCUAUUCAGAAGUUUGCUUCCGAGGGCCUGAUGGUUGACGAAUCAAGUCCCAUGGAUGAUGAGAGUAUUGGAGAGACUAUUGACAGCUCUGAUCCGGAGUCAACACAGCUCACUCGGACGGGUUCUGAGUCUCGAGUGUCUACCUCAAUCGCGUCGAGACGGACAGACGCGACCGAGCAGAAUAUCCCAACGGCGGAAGCCCAAAAGCCAAUCAUAAACAUGGCGUUCCGUGUCAACCUGGUGGAUGCGCAAGUCAUUCUCAUUGCCAAUCCAGUCACUUCCAGCUCUGAAGCUAUUGUACUUAGCAUCAGACGGGUCCUUUUAUCGAAGCAGCAUGCACUUACCUUCCAAGUCUCACAAAUCGGCAUGUUCCUCUGCCGCAUGGAUCAGUUUGAGACGUCAAGAUUGCGGAUCAUCGACGAUUUCUCCAUCCAAUUGAACAUGGACAGCUCUCAACUGGAGUUGACUAAUAUUCACUUGCAAAUCGAGCCACUCAUCCUGCGCCUGUCCCUACGUGAUAUCCUUCUCGUGCUCCAAAUUAUUGGCAAAGCAAGUGAGCUGUCAGGCAUUGAUUCGAAAGAACCAGAAGAGACUGCUGCCGAGCAAAAAGCUCAAAGGCUCCGUAAAGCAGGCCUGAGCCAGAGAGCGUCUAGUGGCCGCACAUCGACUAUGGCCAAAACCAAAGCUACAAAAACGACAGCAGCUAAGACUAGCAAACCAGUCCAGACUGUGAGCAGAGCUAUCACUAGACGCGAAGAACUAUCUGCGACUGUCGAGGGCGUGCGUGUUGUCCUAAUCGGUGACUUGCACGAACUGCCCAUCCUUGAUAUUGGGAUCAAAGACUUCACCGCCACUGCUGAAAACUGGUCGUCAAGUCUCAAAGCCGAAGCCGCCGUUGACAUGUACUCCAAUGUCUACAACUUCUCCAAGUCCAGCUGGGAGCCGCUUCUGGAACCCUGGCAAGUCGGAUUUGGUGUCGCGCGCAAUCCCAAAUCGGGACUGCUUUCCAUCGAUGUCACCUCCAAGAAGACCUUUGACAUCACCGUCACCACAGCCACGAUUGCUCUUGCCUCAAAGUCGUUCAAUUUCCUCACAACUGAGCAAGAUGUUCUUGGGAAAGCUCGCGGAACAGAAGCGCCCUACAAGAUUCGAAAUUAUACCGGCUUUGAGGUAUCUCUUGAGUCGAAAAGCCCAAUCAGUGAGGAGCCGAUCACAUUGCGCCUAGAUGACGGCCAAGAAGGCCCGUGGAGCUUUGAACACUGGGAAAAGAUGCGAGAGAACCUCUUGACUGAAGCGAAUCAAAACAGCGCCGUCAUCCAGCUGGAAGGCAGUGGCUUUGACCCUGUGAAGAACGUACUUCUGAACAGAGAGGGCGAAUUUUUGUAUGGACUUCGACCGAAAGCCAACGGAAUCCUUCACCGGCUUUGUGUUGAGGUGACUCUCGGCAGCGACAACGUCAAAUACGUGACUUUGCGCUCUCCCUUGGUUGUGGAAAAUGCGACGCAAAUCCCUGUCGAGCUCGGCGUUUAUGAUACCCAAGAGGGACACCUUCUGAAAAUUGAGAAGAUUGCGCCAGGCGAGUCGCGACCUCUCCCAGUCGGCGCUGUGUACGAAAAGUCAGCGCUGGUUCGCCCCGAUGGCGGAUUCGGGUAUCAAUGGAGUACUGACAAGCUAUGGUGGCGCGAUUUGCUGAAACAACCGACAAAGCAACUUGUUUGCAAAGGUGGCAAUGGGGACCCUUUCUAUUUCCAAGCUCAUGCAGAGUUCAGCAAAUCGAACCCCAUGACGCGAACCUAUCCUUACAUGAAGAUCAAGCUCUCUGCCCCAGUCACCAUUGAGAAUCUACUGCCAUACGAUUUCAAAUACAGAAUCUAUGACAAGAACACGAAGAAAGAUUGGUCCAACUUCUUGCGUAAAGGAGGCGUUAGUCCUGUCCAUGUUGUCGAGCUUUCGCAUCUGUUACUUUUGAGCAUCGACAUGCAAGAUACUGUCUUCAAAGCAAGCGACUUCUCAAUCAUCAACCCAGGCAAAAGCGAAGACUUCCGCAAGGAGACCAAGCUUGUGGUCAAGGAUGAUCAAGGCCUGCCCCUCAACCUCAGCCUGCAUUAUUUCAAGAUACCCAAGAGUGGUGGGGCUUUCAAAGUUACCAUUUACAGUCCCUAUGUUGUCCUGAACAAAUCCGGGCUGGACUUGAACAUCAAGGCCAAGAGUUUCUUGCAAAAUGCCCGAGCCGCAGCUGGUCAGUCUGCACUUGUCAGCCGCUUCGAUGACGAAAAUGCCAAGGCGCUGCCGUUCAUGUUCUCCUAUGGCAGCAGCGAGGAUAAUCGGAAUCGCGCUCUGCUCAAAUUCGGGGACUCAGAAUGGAGUAAACCACAGAGCUUUGACGCCAUUGGAAGUAACUCGGAAGUGGUUCUCAAUUCCGCUACUAAAAAUAAAGAAAUCCACAUCGGUAUUACUGUCAACUCUGGAGAGGGUAAAUACAAGAUGACGAGAGUCGUGACACUUUCGCCACGGUUCGUGCUCGAGAACAAGCUUGGCGAAGAAAUCUAUGUUCGGGAGUCAAGCUCGCCCGGAUUCCUGACUCUGGCUCAAGGAGCGCUCCGGCCCUUGCAUUUCAUGCAGAAGGGCUCCGUCAAGCAGCUAAGUCUUUGCUACGCCGGCGUCGAUAGUCACUGGACGGCACCAUUCAAUAUCGCAGACAUUGGCACUACACAUAUCAAGAUUGCCAAACCUGGUCAGCGCCAACGCCUCAUUCGCGCCGAGGUUCUGAUGGAAGACGCUACUUUGUUCGUCCAACUGAGCAUGGAAACAAAGAACUGGCCCUUCUCGAUCCGCAAUGAAAGUGACACCGAGUUUACGUUCUACCAAGCCAACCCUACGGUUGAAGAGGAUGAUGACGAGGACAGAAGUGGUUGGAAGCCAAUUCGCUACAGACUUCCACCGCGAAGCAUCAUGCCCUAUGCUUGGGACUUUCCCGCCGCGAAAUUUCGGGAACUUGUAAUUGCGUCGGGUGGUAAGGAACGUCACGUCAAGUUGGCCGAGAUUGGCAAUCAAAUCCCCAUGAAAUUCCUCGGGUCCAACGCGCAGCAGAAGAUUAUCGACAUCAACGUCGCGGCAGAUGGACCAACUCAAACACUGAUCCUCAGCAACUUCCGCACUAGCCAGAGUGUGUAUAAGCCGAAGGCUUUGUCGCGGACAAACACUGCAACGGAUGGCUUCGAAGUCAAGGACCAAGAUACCGGACAGACAUUCCGCGCCCAACUGAAAUUGUCAGGUAUUGGUCUGUCGCUGAUCAACUCUCAACUGAAAGAGCUUGCAUAUGUUAGUCUGAAGGACGUACAGCUUCGUUACAGCGAUUCUCCCGUUAUUCAAACUGUUGCCUUGGAAAUCAAGUGGAUCCAAAUCGAUAACCAACUGUACGGCGGCAUCUUCCCCAUGGUUUUGUACCCAAGUGUGGUGCAGAAGAGGGCGAAUGAGGUCGACGCUCACCCGUCGCUGCAUGCAAUGGUCAGUAGAGUCAAGGAUGACUCCUACGGUGUCACAUAUAUCAAGUAUGCAUCUAUUCUGUUGCAACAGAUGACUCUCGAGCUGGACGAAGACUUUAUUUUCGCUCUUCUCGACUUUUCGAACGUCAAGGGUGCCAGUUGGACCAUGGUGGAUGAAGAAGGCAAACUCUGUGACGAGAGUCUCGAUAUUCCCGAACCACGCCAACUGCAGGCCGGACAGGACAUAUACUUUGAGGUUCUAAAUAUUCAGCCAAUGCAGGUUGAUCUCAGUUUCAUGAGAACGGAGCGUGUCAAUGCCGAAGACAAGACUUCAACACGCAAUCCGCUCAUGUUUGUGCUGAAUGUCUUGACCAUGGCUCUUGGCAAUGUCAACGACGCACCGAUUCGUUUCAACGCCCUCAUGCUAGACAACGUGCGUGUUACACCGCAGGUCUUGAUACAAAACAUCUCCAACCACUACAGUCAAGAAGUCAUGUAUCAGAUCCACAAGAUUCUCGGUUCAGCCGAUUUCUUAGGUAAUCCCGUUGGCUUGUUCAACAACAUUUCCUCAGGAGUUACAGACAUCUUCUACGAGCCUUACCAAGGACUGAUUCUAUCGGACAAGCCCGAAGAAUUUGGACUCGGUAUUGCCAAAGGUGCCGCAUCAUUUGCCAAAAAGACUGUAUUUGGCUUCAGUGACAGCUUCUCCAAGUUCACCGGCAGUCUUAGCAAAGGUCUGGCGGCAGCAUCGCUGGACAAGCAAUUUCAAGACCGCCGUCGCAUUACGCGGGCGAGAAACCGACCGAAGCAUGCACUUUAUGGUGUUGCUGCAGGCGCCAACAGCUUAUUCACCAGUGUUGCGUCUGGUGUCGGCGGCCUGGCUAGCAAGCCGCUCGAGGGCGCUGAGCAAGAAGGCGCGUUGGGCUUCUUCAAAGGUGUCGGAAAGGGUGUACUUGGUCUCGCAACGAAGCCAGCCGUAGGUGUCCUAGAUAUGGCCAGCAACUUGAGUGAAGGUAUUCGCAACACCACGACAGUCUUUGAUGGAACAGAGUUGGACCGCACACGAUUCCCACGCUUCAUUUCCAACGACGGUGUUGUGCGCCCGUUCAAUGCCCGUGAAGCCAUUGGCCAGUACUGGCUCAAGCAAGUCGAUAACGGCAAGUACUUUGACGAGCAGUACGUUGGCCAUCUCGAGCUUCCCCGCGAGGACAUGGUGGUUAUGGUGACGUAUGCGCGCAUUCUGCUUAUCCGCUCGAAGCGUCUUACGAGUGAGUGGGACAUUCCGCUCAAGGAUAUCCAGACCAUCGCCAAGGAGCGUACCGGAGUCAGUCUCAUUCUGCGCGGCGGCGCUAACGGGCCGUUUGUGCCAGUCGGAGGCGGCAGCGAAAGAAAUUUCUUGUACAAGAUGGUGGGAGUCGCCGUGGAGGAGUUUAAUCGGCGGUUUAGAGGAGGCGAGUAA